UCAAGGUCAGCCAGAUAGAGCUACUUGGUGAGAACCUGUCUCAAAACAAUACGCUUAGGGAGGCUAUCUCUAAGGAAACAAUAAAGAAUGACAGGCCCACGGCACUAGUUUAGUGUGUUAAAGAGAUAAUGGAGAGAUACGCAAAGCAGGGUUAUCUAUUUCGACAGCCCCAAAUACAAAAAGUAAAAUUCACUAAACCCCGGAAGACCUAGGGAGGUGUGGCCUCACCGCUGGACUGCAUGCCGGUGCAUCAUGGGACGGCUUAACGGGAAAGGCCGAGGCCAGGCGCGGUGGAUUAUGGGAGGCGUUUCUGAAGCCCGCGGGAGCGGGCGCCAAACUGGGCCCCACGCGCGUUUCCUGAUCCCAUGGCAGGAUGCAAUGCCGCGUGUCCGCUGGCCCCGAGAUGCUGAGUGUGCGCCGUCUACCCACAGUCCUGCCAUGUCCGGCUGCGAGCUGCCGAAGGGUCUGUGCCCAGACAUGUGCCCGGCCGCCGAGCGCGCCCGACGCGAGCGCGAGCGACGCCUGCACCGACUGGAGGUGGAGCCGGGCAGCUGUGGGAACGCGCCCCGAGCCGACCCGCGGCGAGCCGUGAAGGAGUACAGCCGGCCGGCGGCGGGCAAGCCCCGGCCCCCGCCCAGCCUGCUGCGGCCGCCCCCAGUACUCCUGGCCACCGUGCGCUACCUGGCCGGUGAGGUGGCCGGCCGCGCCGACGCGUCGUGCGCUGAGGUAGCGGGCUUCGUGGCGGACCGCCUGCGCGCUGUGCGGCUUGAUCUGUCGCUGCAGGGCGUGGACGACGCGGAAGCAGCGGCGGUGCUGGAAGCCGCUCUGGCCACGCUGCUGGCAGUGGUGGCGCGGCUGCCACCCGAAGAGGCGUGCGGAGCCGCGGACCCCGUGCUGCUGCAGACGCAGGUGCAGGAGGGCUUCGGUUCGCUGCGGCGCUGCUACGCGCGGGGCGGGGCCCCGCACCCCCGCCAAGCCGCCUUCCAGGGCCUCUUUCUGCUCUACAAUUUGGGCUCUGUGGAAGCCCUGCAGGAGGUUCUACAGCUGCCAGCCACCCUUCGUACCUGCCCACCCCUUCAGACUGCUCUGGCUGUUGACGCUGCCUUCCGUGAAGGCAACCAUGCCCGGCUGUUUCGCCUGCUUCGAACCCUGCCCUACCUACAGAGCUGCGCGGUACAGGGACACAUUGGCUAUGCCCGCCGCAAAGCCCUGGCCUGUCUGGCUCGUGCCCUGAGCACUCCUAAAGGACAGACCUUGCCUUUGGACUUCAUAGUACACCUUCUGGCCCUGGAUGGACUCCACGAAGCCCAGGACCUAUGUCAGGCCCAUGGACUGACCUUAGAUAAAGACAGAGUUGUAUUCCUGAGAGGUCGCUACUCUGAGGAAGGACUCCCGCCCCCUGGUACCUGCCACAUAUUAGUGGGAAACAAGCUGCAGGGACAUACCCUGGAGGAGGUGGUCAUGGCAGAAGAAGACAAGGACAUGCACAGACCUGGAUCUCCAGCUUGAGAGGGUUGUCCAAGGACUGGACCAAAGUACCUGGGGCUCUUUUUCAUGAUUCCCAAAUAAUAAUAAAAUUGACUCAUUUUACAGGAA